AUGGCGGACGAGGAGGCGAAUCGGCAAGCGCAGGCGGAUGAGAUGGAGGCGCUCGAGGCGAUCUACGGCUCAGAAUGUUUCUCGUACUCGAGCGACGAGCACUGCUGCAGAAUAACCAUUCAACACCCCGAUUCAGUCACAUCUUUGGACAGUCACACCCACCACCACCCCUCCCCAUCCCUCACUCUCCUCGUCCACCUCCCCGCCGCCUACCCCUCCCAUGCUGCCCCCGUUGCUGAGCUGGCGCGCUGCGAUUGGCUCCCGGACGACGCCAGGAGCAGGCUGUGCUGCCAGCUGGAUAGAAUGGGCGGGGGAGGGGGAGGGGGAGGGGGAGGGGGAGGGGGAGGGGGAGGGGGAGGGGGAGGGGGAGGGGGAGGGGGAGGGGGAGGGGCACACGAGGGGGAGGCAAGAGGAGGGGAAGAGGAGAGUUUGUGUGGAGAAGUGGUGAUUUUCCAAUGGGUGGAAUGGAUAAAGGAGCAGCAGUGGGUGUGGCAGCAUGCACCCCGCCCCUCUCCAUGCGCCCCCAUUCAAACCCAACCACUUCCAACCGUUCCCAACCACUCCUGCUUGCCUCUCGUGUGUGCAGGAGCAGCAGUGGGUGUGGCAGCAUGCACCCCGCCCCUCUCCAUGCGCCCCCAUUCAAACCCAACCACUUCCAACCCCUCCCAACCACUCCUGCUUGCCUCUCGUGUGUGCAGGAGCAGCAGUGGGUGUGGCAGCACGCUCCUGUGUUGGCAGAGCAGCAGGGGACGGAGAGAGAGGACAAUGGUAUCCCAACCACUCCUAACCACUCCCAACCACUCCUGCCUCCCUCUACUGUGUGCAGGAGCAGCAGUGGGUGUGGCAGCACGCUCCUGUGUUGGCAGAGCAGCAGGGGACAGAGAGACACGGGGGGAGCAGCAUUUCAACCACCCUGAACCACUCCCAACCACUCCAACCAACCCCCAACGUGUGCAGGAGCAGCAGUGGGUGUGGCAGCACGCUCCUGUGUUGGCAGAGCAGCAGGAGACGGAGAGAGAGGGGAGCAGCAGAGGGGAGGGCAGGGAGGCAGCAGAAGAGGCAGAAGCGAGUGCAGCAGCGUCGGUAGCAGCAGCAAAGGGAGGAGGAGGAGGAGGAAGGAGAGGGGAGGAGGGGAAGGUGGGGGAGAGUGGGGAGGAGGGGGCAGGGGAGGUAGAGAGGGCGCUUGGCAUUGUGCAUGGCAUUCCUUUCACUGAGAAGAGAAGUACUUUCCAGGCCCACCUGGCACCUGUGGGCUCGCCUGCUGACGUGGCAGCAGUGAUGAAAGUCCUUCUGGCCAAUCGCAAGAUAGCAGGCGCCACCCACAACAUCAUGGCCUAUCGGAUCGUGACAGCUGGCGCAAACGGCAGCACCGUGAGUGCCAUGAUGGCCCUCUCACUCCCUCUCACUCCCUCUCACUCCCUCUCACUCCCUCUCACUCCCUCUUACUCCCUCUUACUCCCUCCUCCCUCUUACUCCCUCUUACUCCCUCUUACUCCCUCCAUGCCUCCCUCCCAGCAGCUCAUUCAGGGCAAUGACGACGAUGGGGAGGCAGCAGCAGGCGGCAGGAAGACACAGCUCAUUCAGGACAAUGACGAUGACGGGGAGGCAGCAGCGGGGGGCAGGUUGCUACAGCUCAUUCAGGACAAUGACGAUGAUGGGGAGGCAGAAACGGGGGGCCAAGAGAAAUUGGGUGGGGCGAAUGGGGCUGCUGCUUGCUCCUCCUUACUCCCUCUUACUCCUUACUCCCUGCUACUCCUUUGUACUCCUCCUUACUCUUGUUUACUCCUUCUUACUCCUCCUCGCUCCUCCUUACUCCCUCUGACCCCUCCCAGCAGGUCAUUCAAGACAAUGAUGAUGAUGGGGAAGCAGCAGCGGGGAACAGGUUAA